AUGGACAGUCAAUUAAAGACGCUGAUGGAUAAAUUGGAUCAAAGGGAGAUGGAAGCCAGCUUGCAGGAAGUAACUAAUGCCCUUCGGUGUUCUCUGAAGAACAAGAAGAAAGUCUCGACAAAUGAUCAGUUCUACUCGCAAUUCGAGAAAUUGGGUUCAAGGAACUUCUAUAUCGAAAGACAUGUCAAAAAGGAUUGGUUUAGUGCGGCGAGCACAUGUCGUGAGAUGGGCGGUCACCUGGCUACCCCCAAGGACGAGAAUGAACUGUCCCAAAUCCGUAUGAAGGUCGAUGCUAAGUGGUAUUGGCUGGACAUCAGUGAUCUGGCGACAAAGGACGAGUACAUUUCUUUUGUCUCCGGAGAGAAAGCUUCAUUUCUGAAUUGGCAUGAAGGGGAACCCAAUAACGAUCCCAGCGUACACUGUGUUUAUCUAUAUGCCGGCCACUAUUAUAAACAUUUGUGUAAUGAAAGAAACUUUUUUAUUUGCCAAGCUGCUGAAGAGACACAAUAA